UCUGUGUUGGCAUUACACGGGUUCAAAAUAAAAUCACUAAAACAAACAAGUGUUAAAAAAUCAUGGGAAGAUGAUAAUGACCAAAGCUUCUAACCCGUUUUGUCAUGGAAUUAAAAAGUUAUCUGAAAUGAGUAAGAAGUAAAAAUGAAUUUGAUAAAGCAUGUUCAAAAUGGCAAAAUUGAGACUGGUUAAAGAUAUUUAAAACAUUGUCCUUAUGGAAAAGAUUUCGUUAUUGGAUCAAAAUUGUGCUCACUCUGCACAGCAAAAAACGUCAAAUGAACAUACACAAAAAAGAAAAAAAUACUUUAAUAAAAGAUUUGAUAUGGCUUCGAAGCAACUUACACAAAAUAAGAAGCUGCUAGAACUCUGCUUAUCAGAGAGUUUGGACGAUUUAUCAAGCAAGUUUCAAGAAGUUAUAAAAGACAUUUACAAAAGAAAUCUAGUUCAAACGUGUGUGUACUUUUGUGAUCCAUGUACUGGUGAAUUUAAAAACGUUUCUGCUGGAGUUGACACAGCAUCACACAACAUUCCUGAUGUAGUUGGACAGUGGUGUUCGUAUAACAACAACAACAAACAUUGCACGCUUGAGAUCACUUCCCAUCUCUUCUCAACUCAAUUUAAAUCGAUCUUCUCUGCAGAAAAAUAUGCAGAUAGCUCCUCAGGGGAUACAUCAGACUCAUCGUUGUUUCAUUGUUGCAAAGGAAGAAAAUCUAGAAAUUUUAAAGUUGUAAGUUGGCCAGUGGUGGAUGAUUCGAAUAGCAGUGUCGUUGGUUUAAUAUUCUUGCUACUCAGAUCGGCCUCCUCUUCUCUUCCACCAGUUCUUAAAGAAGUUAACGAAAAUAUAUUAAAAGGAUAUCAAAAAAUAAUGGCAAAAAUUUCGAAUGAACAAAAGCUGUUGCUUCUUAGUGACUUAGGUUCUUUAUUUACAAAGGAUUUAGCUGAACUAUCAAGGCGAAUCAUAAAUAAGCUAACAACCACACUUUCCGCGGAGUCGGGUGUGGUUUUACUAGCUAACAAGAAUAGUGACGAACUAUACGCAGUGGCUUUUGGAAACAAAAUACUCGAAGAGGAUUUUCGACUGGAGCUGUGUAGCAGUGGCUUUUUGUUUUUGUACACGCAACCAAAAGUGCACUCGUUCGUACUAGGAAAGGAUUCACAAAUUUCUAGUGAUCUGGAAAAACUGAAAGAAUUUGCGGAAAUUGAUAUAAACAUUGAGAAUAUGUUAGUGGUUCCUGCUUUCUGCGAGGAUGGAGUUGAAUGUGCUGCUUUGUUUUGCCUGUUCAACAAAAUCGGAUCGAAAUCCGGAUUCACGCCACUGGAUGAAGAACUGAUGUCAAUGGUCGUUAAUAAUUGUCGUCAUAUAGUUUGUAAUGCGUUGGAUUGGAAAACUCAAGUGGUUAUACAACGGCAAAACGAGGGACUACUUGAUAUCGCAAAAACUUUAUUUAGUCAUUUAGACGACGUUUCUGUUCUUUUACAUAAAAUCAUGGAAGAAGCUAGAAACUUAACCAAAGCAGAAAGAUGUUCUUUGUUUCUGGUUGACCAUGACGCAGGUGAAUUGGUUGCUAAAGUUUUUGAUGGCAUUGAACCAGAAGAGAACAGCGAAAUGAGAAUUCCGAUCAAUCAAGGAAUUGCAGGUUACGUUGCUUCCACAGGUGAAACAUUAAAUAUAAAGGAUGCUUACUCGCAUCACCUGUUUUACAGAGAAGUGGAUUAUAAAACCGGCUUCAAAACGAAGCACAUUCUUUGUUUUCCCAUCCGAUCAAUAUCAGAACGUAUUUUGGGUGUGGCGCAAUUAUGUAACAAAAUCAAUGGUAAUUGUUUCACUAAAUUUGACGAAGAACGAACAACUGCGUUUGCCAUCUUUGUUGGUUUGAGCUUGGUCCAGAGUUUACUCUAUAAAAAAGCGACCGUUUCACAACAGAGAAGCAAGCUAGCAAACGAGUUAAUGCUAUAUCACAUGAGGGUUUCCGACGAAGACACAGAAAAAUAUACGAGUCUCCCCAUUCCACAAAAAGAGGAUUUAGAUGUCGACAUGGACAAAUUCAGUUUCAUGCCGAGAAUAUCAUUCGCUGAAUCUGAUAGCAUCAGGGUAGUGCUAGCAAUGUUUGCAGAUUUAGACUUGAUACGAAGAUGGAAAAUCAAAGAAAUCACGCUAGUUAGAUUUAUAUUGACUGUGCGUAGAGGUUAUCGAGACGUACCCUACCACAACUGGACUCAUGCUUGGACGGUUGCUCACUUCUCCUAUUUAUUGUUGAAAAGUACCAAGGCUAGAGAAUACAUCAGUGACUUGGAAGCCUUUGUCUUACUUGUCUCAUGUUUAUGUCAUGAUAUUGAUCAUCGAGGCACAAAUAAUUCUUUCCAAAUCUCCUCACAUUCAGUGCUGGCUUCGUUGUAUAGCUCUGCUGGAUCCGUUUUAGAGCAUCAUCACUUCGCACAAGCAAUGUGUAUUAUACAAGCAGAUUAUUCAAAUGUAUUCGAAAGUUUAUCGCAGACCGAUUACAGUACGGCGUUAGAUUUGAUGCAGAAGAUGAUUCUAGCUACAGAUCUUGCUAAUCACUUUAAAAUAGAUAAACAAAUUGAAAACAUAAUUUCAGGUGGUGUAAAUAAAGAAAACAGGAGACAUCGAGAGUUGCUUCUGUCACUUUUUAUGACAACAUCAGACCUGUCGGAUCAAACGAAACCCUGGGAAAGUGCUAUCCAAGUAUCAGAUCUUCUUUAUGCUGAGUUUUUCUCUCAAGGAGAUCAGGAAAAGUCGUUGGGCUAUACACCAAUUGAGAUGAUGGAUCGAGAAAAAGCUAGUAUACCAGAGUUGCAACUCGAAUUUCUCUCUAAAAUCGCUUACCCUAUAUACAAAAAACUGUCACAUCUGUUUCCAAACACAGAAUGCAUAUUAAGUAAUAUAAACGAAAAUCGUUCCAAAUGGUCUGCCAUGUCAACGAAACAGAGUAGCUAAUACAAAUUAUUUAUUUAUUGACCAAAUACAUAUUUCUUAACUGUGAAUGUCAUUUUCAUGAAAGAUUUGAUAACCAGUUGCAUUGCAGUGUAUAUCAGAUAAAAAUAGUAGUGAACUCGCAGAUCACGCACACACGCUCAUAUGCAACUUUUAUCGCUCUCGACGGUGCAGGACCUUUUACUUCCCGUUUUGACUGCUAAGAAACUUAUGUAUCAUAAUUUUUAUAUUUAUAUAUCACGGAAUAUCACUUGUAAAUAUGUUCAAAUAUGUUCCUGUACAUAACACGUCAAAUAACAUGUGCCUGUACAUAGCAUGCUAUACUUUUAAUCUCACGAAGCAGAAGCGAUACGUUUUAAUUUUGAAAUAACUUGGACGUUAUUUAGAAA